CGGAGCUGCACCGGGAGGCCCCAGGCGGAGGGGCCCCAGGCGGAGCUGCACCGGGAGGCGCCAGGCGGAGGGGCGCCAGGCGGAGCUGCUCCGGAAGGACCAGAGGAGGAGGGGGAGGACCCUGUAAUCAGCUCACCUAGGAAGGCACGAAGACCCUUUGCCCGGUUGUGCCUGGAGGAGUGGCACCAGCACCAUGGAUUUCUGGGUGCAGUUCAGUGCCCAGAGCCAAGCCAAGGAGCGGGUUUUCAGAGCCGCUCAGUAUGCCUGCACUCUGCUCGGCUACACGCUGCAGAAGAAUGGAGCGAGUGCUGAUUUCCUCACCAGGAUCAAACAGCUGGAGGCUCACAUGAGCCUGGGGCGCAAGUUGUUCCGACUGGGGAACUCGGCGGAUGCCCUGGAGUCAGCAAAGCGAGCCAUCCACCUGUCGGAUGUGGUCUUGCGCUUCUGCAUCACCGUCAGCAACCUGAACCGAGCGAUGUACUUUGCCUGUGACAACAUCCUGUGGGCAGGGAAGUCGGGCCUCCUCCCUCACAUGGACCAGGAUAAGUGGAGCCAACGGUCCUUCAGAUAUUACUUCUUUGCUCUGAUCCUGAACCUAAGCCGGGAUGCCUACGAGAUCCGGCUCCUGAUGGAGCGUGAGGCGUGCGGGAAGCGUCCAAAGGGCAGUGAGACCAGGCACGCGCUCCGAGCAGACAGCAGUCUCCAGCAGCUGGUGCUGAGGCUGAAAGUCCAGCUCCACCUUCUUGUGCACGUGCUGAGGAGCAACCCUCCUUUGCUUGUGGACGUGGUGAAAAACGCCUGCGAUAUCUUCAUCCCGCUGGACAAGCUGGGGCUGUACAAGACCAACCCAGGCUUUGUGGGGCUGUGUGGCCUUACCUCCUCCAUCCUCUCUAUCCUCACCAUCGUUCAUCCUUGGCUCAAACUUAAACCUUAACCGAGAGGACUGGCUGGUUGGUAGAGGGAUGUGGAGCCUUCGCCUUUGUUACCGGUUCGAGGCCAGCCCAGGAUGUUAGGGGCCCAAGGUUGCUACCAUCCAGUGGCUGGUAUGCAAUGAAUUUCGAGGGCGGGGGCUCAAUACUAUGAUAGGACAAGUGUUCACGGUCCGCCACCAGAACUGAUGCUAAUUCACAGCCUUAGCCAGGGAUUGGAUGAACUGUGGAGACUGAGCUCCCCUUCUGUCCCUACAGGAGUUCCGUGCCUCAGUUUUCCCACCUGUAAAGCCAGGAGGUAGCAAGUAGGGGAGGAGGCUUUUGUAGCUGCUGCCCGUGUACUACCUGGUCUAUGGAUACAGAGUGGACUUUGGUCUCCACGGCUGUCCAUCUGGCACGUGGAAGUCCCGUUUUAAAUAGAACCCUUGAAGUACUGUGAGUAACAAGCGGCUGGAGUUUGGCUAGAGACUUCUGAGGUGGAUUGCUGAGCCCCAGUUUAUUAGGCAUGCCAGGUAACUUUGAAGGGUGCCGGGGAAGCUCGCGGAGUAGCAGCACUUAACGGUGAUGACAUGACAUGGCAUGUCUUUGUGGGCGCUGGCAGAGUGCAGGCUGCCGUGUUCCCAGCUGUUCCUGUUGAUGCAGUCCCCAGUUCUGACACCCCUGGAAACCGUGGAUUUUCUUGCUGCCCUGGCAGCAACAUUAGGUUAGGUUUGAUGGUAGGAAAAUGAAGGUAAACAGCAAUAUUCAGUCUCUCCUCUUACCUUUUUUAUCUGUUUGUCUGGCUCUAUUUUUCCAUUGUUUAUAAAGCACGUAGGGACGUUCAGGCAUGGAGCAUGGUGACCUGUGAAAUCGGGUAGGUGAAACUGACAUGAUCCACACCAAUUUGCAGCAAUGGGUAGAGACUGUAAGAUGAGGUGUGAUCUUGGUGCAGGGACAGGACUGAGGACCCUUGGUUCUGUUUUUUUUCUUCUGCCCUGAAUGACUGUGGACCUUCAUGUCUCUGUGCCUCGGUUUCCCCAUCUGUAAAGUAGGAAUGACACAGACCUACCCUCCUGUGCCUGCACUCCUGUUCACACAGCUAGCCAAGUGCUCACCCUGCUGUUUUUUAAUGGCUUCUUUGGUGUACUUCAAUAAACUGGAGAGGAGGAGAAAACAAAUGGUGCAGUGCUAACUUUGAAUGGAAAUCUGUAUUGAGAUUGUUUUCAUAAUAAAAGUAUGUGCUGAUCUGACCA